AGGGCUAACUAGCAGGUGGCCCAAAGCGCGGCCGGAAGCGAGCAAGUGCCUCCCCGACCAGAUCUUGGGGCUCGGAAGUCUCCUCUCCGUCCCCUCUCCACGCGCGGGCUGUUGCGCGCGUGCGAGACCGAGCGCUUUGGGGAGAGUUGCGGCGAGGUCUAGUUUGGGCAGCCACAGUUUUUUACGCAAUCCUGGACAAGCUGUGCGGGGGACUGCGAAGAAACGAGCAUAUGUUGACAAUAGAGAAGAUAUCGUAAGCAUAUGCUGCGUCCUGUAGAGUAGGUGGAAGUUGCGAGCGAUUUGCGUUUGACAGUCGGUUUGAUUUUAGAGUUUUGGUCGCUGCUUCCCAAACAGCUUGAGCCUGUAUGCGUAGCUAUUGGGAACAAAUACUGUAGUUUCUCCGCCUGGCUGCAUUUCUAACACUUCGGGAGUAUCUCACUGCAGGCAGUGGAAUGCUGCUGAGUAAACAUGCAGAGGCUUGUGUUUUAUGUGGUAGUAACUGGUUUUUAGCUGAGUUGCCUUGCUGCUGUUGGAGAGAACAAACCCAUAUUCUUUUGUCUGGCAGGAAUACAGAAGGCUGCUUCUUGUUGCAAUUCUAGAGUACGAUUUUAAUUUCUGUUUAACGUGUACAAGACUCCUGAAGCAGUUAAAGCAGCUGCCAAUUAACUUAUUUUGGUUACUUUGCAGUUUGCAGUCAGGAAAAAAAUGUAAUCUUUAAAGCAUGCCGAUGCAAAUAUGAAGAGAAGCAAGAAAUGUAACCUCUGAAUGUCAAUAUUCUGCUUGGGAGAGUAAGCAAGACUGACUUUUUACUUCCUCUCUGAAAGAAAAAAAUCCUUCUGGAGAAACUGAUCAUUACAGUACGCAGAAGAGGAAAUAUUUGGGAAGAUGGGGAUCCUUGUUUUCCUCCUGAUCUGGAGUUUAAUCUUAAAUUUGACUCAUGAACACAGUUUAUUCACAUGCGAACCUAUUAUUAUCCCAAGAUGUGCUGGAAUGACUUACAAUAUGACAUUUUUUCCUAAUAUGAUGGGUCAUUAUGACCAGGACACUGCAGCUUCCCACUUGAAGCUUUUUCUUCCUCUUCUGAAUCUUGAGUGCUCUCCAGAUGUCCAUGCAUUUCUGUGCAAAGCCUUUGUGCCUGCUUGCUUUGAACAAACACGUGUAGUUCACCCUUGCCGGAGCCUUUGUGGAAGAGUGUAUGCAGACUGUAAAAAGAUGCUAGACAUGUUUGAAAUUGGAUGGCCUAAGGAACUUGAAUGUAGUAGGUUGGAAGACUGUGAUGAAACUGCUGCUGUCACUGCUUCUUUUACUACAAGAGCCCAGGACACAUGGAAGAUUCCAGGGCAGCCCAGACGGGACUAUGGAUUUUGGUGUCCACGUCAUUUGCAGACAUCCAGUGGGCAAGGCUACAAAUUUUUGGGCAUUGAGCAGUGUGCACCCCCUUGCCCCAACAUGUACUUCAAUAAUCACGAGCUAGAUGUUGCCAAAAGCUUUAUUGGCAUUGUUUCAAUUUUUUGCCUUUGUGCCACUCUGUUUACGUUCCUAACAUUUUUGAUAGAUGUUAAAAGGUUCAGGUAUCCAGAGAGGCCAAUCAUAUACUACUCUGUUUGUUACAGUAUAGUGUCUCUUGUUUACUUCCUUGGGUUUGUCCUAGGAAAUAGAACAGCCUGUAAUAAGGGUGACGAAAAACUACAGCUUGGUGAAACGGUUGUUCUUGGUUCUCAGAACAAAGGUUGCACCCUUGUCUUCAUGGCUUUGUAUUUUUUCACAAUGGCCGGAACUGUCUGGUGGGUGAUCCUCACAGUCACUUGGUUCCUUGCUGCUGGACGAAAAUGGAGCUGUGAAGCUAUUGAACAAAAAGCCAUGUGGUUCCAUGCAAUUGCCUGGGGCAUGCCAGGGUUUCUCACAGUUAUGCUCCUUGCCAUGAACAAAGUGGAAGGUGACAACAUUAGUGGCGUCUGUUUUGUCGGCCUCUACGACUUAGAUGCUUCUCGAUAUUUUGUUCUCUUGCCUUUGUGCAUUUGUGUCUUUGUCGGUUUAUCUCUCCUUUUAGCGGGUAUAAUUUCUCUAAAUCAUGUGCGCCAAGUCAUACAGAAUGAUGGCAGGAAUCAAGAAAAGUUGAAGAAAUUCAUGAUUCGAAUUGGUGUCUUCAGUGGCUUAUACCUCGUACCUCUAGUGAUACUCUUGGGAUGUUACAUCUAUGAACAAGUUAAUAGGAAGAUCUGGGAAACCACUUGGGUUUAUGACCAUUGUGAUCAAUUCCAUAUACCCUGUCCUUAUCAGGUCAAAACAUUAGCUAGACCGGAAAUAACUUUGUUUCUGAUGAAAUACCUGAUGACUUUAAUCGUUGGCAUCUCUCCAGUCUUCUGGAUAGGAAGUAAAAAGACCUGUUCAGAAUGGGCAAGUUUCUUCAACAGAAAUCGCAAAAGAGAUCCAAUCAGUGAAAGCCGGAGAGUGUUGCAAGAAUCAUGUGAAUUUUUCUUAAAACACAACAGCAAAGCAAAGCACAAGAAGAAACACUACAAGUCCAGCUCUCACAAACUGAAGGUGAUUUCAAAGUCAAUGGGGACUAGCACAGGUGCCACAAGCAAUCAUGGGAUUUCCGCAGUGGCCAUUGCUAACCAUGAUUACUUAAGCCAUGAAACUUUAACUGAGAACAAAAGUUGUCUGGAAACAUCCGAGAGAGAGAUGGAAGCAGACGUCGUACAUAGCCAGAGAGUGGAGGAGGAAGAGUUUGCUCGUAGUGAGCAGAGUGCAUUACAAGUGCGAUCCAGCCCUAAAGUGCCUUUGGAACAGCAAGAACAAGAGAGCAAGGCAGACAACAAGCAAGACGUUGCUAGUUUAUCUGAAAGCAUGAAGAGAGUAGCUGAAGAAAGGGGAACUCCUAAAAACGACACUCCUGAAACUCUUCCACUCCAACUUGGUCAUCCACAUCUCAGUGUUUCCCAGCCUGGCAGUACCAAGGGGUCAGGAUUGCUCUUUGUCCACUCAUCUUCAGACUCAAGGAAAGCUCAGGAGUCUGGUCAUAGCUCAAAUGGUUGAGAAGAUGAACAAAUAUCAGUUUGUCCAUGCUGGCUUGGAAUUCUGACCUAGUAGUCCUAGGAUCUCUGAGGAGCAUCAAGUUAGGAAAAAUUGUGUUUCAUGAAUAAUUUGAGGUCAUGAAAUGACUCCAUUUUGUGUUAAUAUUGGACAUGAGAGAUGCAUUGUAUCUUGUGAAUAAGCACACAAACAUUCUUUGCACUUCAAGAAAAAGUAAAAUAGUAUUGUAAAGAGACACUGCUCACUUGUUCCAUCAGUUACCAAAAACUUUAAACAAAAAAAGGGCAAAUGUGUAAUUUACCACUUCAUAUGCUUUAUGUCAAACUGGUGAAAUAAUAAAGGGAAAGAUUUUAUAUUCUGAAGUAUAUUGAAGAAAACUUAAAUUGCCUUAAGAUCUUUUUAGUAGUGCUACUUAUGUUUUAAAAUUGAGUAUGAACUGGUGACCUUUCAGAUGUUAUAGUUCAUCUCCGUAAGCCUCAACUGCAAUUUCCAAUGGUUAAGGAUGAUACAAAUCAUUAUGCAGGAACAUCUGUUAAUCCACAUGUUCUUCAUCCUAGGGAUUAAACUAACAUCAGUUGCUGUGUUACACAACAAUAAAUUAUACAGAGUUUGUAGGGGGUGAAGCAUCUGAUAGAUCCUAAUAGGAUAACAUGGCAUCCCUGUUCUCUGAAGAUUGCUGAAAAAUGUUCAAGUACCUCUAGGACUUGGACUUUCUCAGCCAAAGCUGAGACUAGACCUGAGUCUACCCCUGUCCUUCUCUGGCCUUUUGGUCUUAGAUCUUCCAUACUGUCUAUUUGGGCAAGGUCAUAUCUUGUACUGAAUCCUGAAAUUCCUGCAGGUUAAGUGGUCAGAAGGAUAUUAAAGCUAGAGGAGUGUUUCUUGAGUUCAAAUCUCAAACAGGUUUAAAGCUUGAAAUGUUUCCAGAAUGGUCAAACAUCAGUUUCACACUUAAAAUGUUUUGUAGUCCUCUGCUGAAGACUCUGCUUCCUCCCCUGUCAAAUUUUUGAUGUGUUUGAAUUACAGUCUUAUGGAGAAAGAUUGCAGUCUUGCUGGGCUGCUAAAAAAGAAAAGGCAUUAAAUAGUUGUGGGUGCUCAAGACUCACUUCAGGCACUUCAGUGCAGACAGUUAUAUUGGGCUUGAGUAUUAAUGCCUUUUCUGUGAACCAAUUAUUUUAAAAUCCUCAGCUUGUAUAUUUGAGCCAUUGGUAAUAUAUUAUAAUAGGCUAUACACUGAAAUAGGAAGAGAAAUUGGAAUCAAAAUUAGUUUAAAUCAGCUACCUUUGUACAGCAUUAGAAUGUAAUGUCUGUUUCUUUUACGUUAUAGGAUGCUUAAUAUCUAGAGACCACCCUCAAGCCCUUCAGGGUUUUUGCUUGCACAGUGUUGCAGGGGUGGGAAGGGAGAGGAAGGGGAUAAAUCACUGUUGAGAGAUUUAGGACAGUAAUUGAAUAUUUAGUCAAGCUGCUGCCUUUCAAUCUUGAAUAUAAUUUGACAUUCAUAUAUAUAAAUUGUCUUUAACACCGUUUUGUAACAUGUUGCCUGCUGAAUUUUGAACAACUCAAAAGUUUCCACACAUUUAUGUGCUAUUUUGGUUUGCCCUAAUAAAGGGUAUUGUUUUACUAAGGAUAUAAGAUUUUUUUUUUAAUCAUGGACCAGCACUACUAUUGUUUUUGGGUGGUGGUGGUUGUUAUCUCUGUAAAGUCUGCAUAAAUGUGACAUUGGACCACAUUUCUUUAAAAAAAAAAACAAUUUGCUUGAUCAGAUAGAAUUUGAAUGUACAACAGAUAGUCUGUUACAUAUAUGAAGCUAAUUUUUGUAAUUUUGAUUAUCUUUAACUGUUUUAAACAAUGUAUUUCCUAUAGAUAAAGACAUUAGCUUGGAAAAUGAGAGAUAAGCUUUUGAUUGUAAGGUUUCAGAACUCAUUUACUGAGUUUGGAUAUUCGGGGAUUAUCAAUAGUAAAUCAAAUUUCUCCAUUAUUGUUGUCAGCAGAUAAAAUUUGAACUGAUUCCAGUUCAGUGUCAACUAAUUCCAAACUACAGUUGUUAUAAGUAUGUGGUUCAGAAACAAUUCUGUCAGUAGUUGGCAAUCUUUCCUCUCCCCUGGAAACAGGGCUUCACACACUGGUCUGUGUGUCUCCCCAUUCUCAAAAUCUUAUGAGAUUUCAGUGUUCUUGUAUUAAUCUUUUAAAAUUAUUUUUAUGAAGGCAAGGUUGUCUCUUGGGGUCACCUUGCUGAUUCUUCUUGAUCAAGGGAGUAGGGAGAUACCAUUCAAAGACCAUUUCUUUGCAUAUAGCCCUUAGUAAUUUAGGUUUUAGAUAUGAGUCUGUAUGCCCACUGAUAACUUUGCUGCAUGCAGUUGUAUCCAACAAUGCAUGCAGAGGAGGGUUGGGGGGCAGAACCACAAAUUAGCAUCAUACUUCUCAUGGGACAAGCCCCACCCUCUUUGGAUAUACAUUAUGAAAUGGACUGAACUGAUGACAUGAGAGUGCUUUUGUCAUUUUGAUGAGAGCAGGAGGCUUCUGUGGAUGUCCAUGGGCAUAUCUGAACAAUCUUCAGGGUGAAAAUUUCAAUUCCUUAGGGAGAAGCUGCUAAGCUCUCAUUUAAACACAAUGGAGAUAAUGUGAGAGAUUGUAAGGUAGCUGGGAAAGGAAUGGAAGAGAGAGCAGACAUAAACAAUGAAGAGAUAGUGGGAGAGUCAGUUGAUAGCUUAUAUAUGGCAGUGUUUCUCAACCUUGGCAACUUUAAGAUGUGUGGACUUCAACUCUCAGAAUUCCAGGAGUUGAAGUCCAGACAACUUAAAGUUGCUAAGAUUGAGUUACUCUGAUAUAUGUCAACUUAGUCCAGGAAGCAGGAAACCUGGGAAAAAGCAUUUCAGAUCAUUCAAAGUAAUGUUUUUCAACCUUGGUAACUUUAAAAUGUUGACUGGGGAAUUCUG